AUGUCAUCUGUCAACUUUCACGUCCCGUCUCCUGUACAACAAUCUUCACGGAGAGCAGAGGGGCAGCAGAAACGUCGGCAACGUGGGCGAGCUGAGCUCUGAGCGCGCCACCCGCGAGGCUGCUCGCGCACCUCCUCCACACAACCUGACUCCCGCUCUCUCUAAUCGCACAGACGCCGCCAACAACAACCUCGAACAAUCGCAGAUCCGAAGCUCAGGGGCAAAGACGCCUUCGCGAGAAGCAGCAGCGCAAAAUCGAUCAACACGACGUCGCGCAAAAUGGAUCGUCAAGUCAAUCUGCACAGGCAGUCACGUUCUCAAUGUCGCACGGCAAAGUUCGAUUGCCCGGGAUCGAAACCUCCCCCCCCCCCCCCCCCCCCGAGCUGCUCGCGCUUCUGACUGGCGAGGGCCCAGGUUAGUACACGUCGAUUCGUUCGACCUGCUAGAUUGAGUACAGCAGACUAACAGCCUUGCUGACUAUCCGUGAAACAGUCGAGAAGAUCUUCCGGGAGCGCAUAUUUGCGUUCAAUGAAAUCCUUGCUAUGGCAUCAUUCGGCACGAGCAAAGGCCAUGGCCACCUCAGCGGCUCCGGGCCACAAUCUUUCUACCUGAGCGGAAUGGUAACUCGCCAUAUCGGCACCCUAGCACCAGCCCCAGCGAACGACCCCGUCUUUGCGUAGAUUCUAGUAUUCCUGGCUCCGACGGAAUGCAUUGAAGCCCGACGAGCCUGGAUUCAAUGGACCGCCUGAAAAAGUACGACGUCUGGACACAGCAGAUCAACAGAUUGUUCCUCUACUCGACGGCAUGCUACGACAUCACAACAGGCGCGUUAAACUGUUCUUGACAGCACAAGAGGUCAUGGACAGUGAUGCGUCUCACACGUACCAGCUGCGUUUACUUGCACCGCGCAAUCGAGAUCCGAGAACCUACAACUUGCCGACCCAAGACGAGGUGGCCGCCAUUCUACCCGGAGAGGAGACCGAGUACCGGUCUUCAACAAGAGAUAUCGUCGUUCGGUUACCUCAGUCGCCAAACAAGAACAGCCGCGGAAUUCAACUCAUUCACGAUGGCCACCCUGCCUCAGUGAGUGCCAUGUAGUACUUCCAUAUUCGUCCUCACAAUAUCAGUUACCCGACGUUGUUCCAGAAUUUUGUCGCCGACGCCUGGGCAGUAACUGAACAAGAACGGCUAUUUUGGAUGAGAACGAAUCAGCAAAAGCUCAGAGCCGAACAGUACUAUUCCUCCCUUCAAGUAAGUCUGGCUGAAGGACUCGAUCCCGCGCAGAUUGGCAAAAGGGUCAUUUCACCGUCGUCACAGGGAUCGCCACGCCAAAUGGUCCAACUUUACCAAGAUGCUAUGGCCAUCGUUCGGGUUUUUAGUGCUCCGGACAUAUUCAUCACGAUGACAUGCAACCUUGCCUGGUCGGAAAUUGUCAACGCGUUGCUUCCUGGCCAAACUGCAUCCGACCGUCCCGACAUAGUAACACGGAUCUUUCACGGUAAAUUGAAAGCUCUUCUUGCGGAUGUAUGAGGCGUUUGUCGUGCGCCGGGAGUCUUUGGAAAGGUAUGUCAAUCGACGCAGCAAAUUUUCUCAAGAAAUGGCUGCCGCAUGCAGCAUAGCUACGGAUUCGAGUGAGUAACUUCAUGAACUGUGCUCGUGGUGUGGGAUUGUUGAGGAGCUAAUGGAAAACUACCAAGCAGCAAUUCCCUUCAACACGGUCUUCUUUGAAUGUCAACCCUCGAGUUCUUCACCAUCAGCUGGUGACACUGCAUGCGUGAGUUUUCACUUGACAUGGCUGUGCAGUGGUAUGAAAAACAGACAUUGGACGUCGGUGACAAUAGGUGACCCUAUCCCCAAAAGGGGGGGGGGGGGGGGGGGGGGGGGGCACCCACCGUGGCCUGCCUGGGAAAACGACAUCGAUUCCAACAAAUACCACAUGUUCUACAACAAGGCUCGCGAAGGAAGCUGCAAUGGCCGAAAAGUAGCAAAGUCUUACGCUACGCCGCUACCUGUAAACGUUGACGGGCAUGUUAAGCUGUACAUGCACACCAUUUCAAGGGUGGGGGACGUGUGUGACGGACUGAAAUUCGGGUCGCAGCGACGAGGGACCUCCAGCUCUCGCGAGCUAGGGGCCCCCAGUGAAAGGCACGAGAUCGCUCUCGAGCCUCACUGAUUCCGAGUCCAAACUGAAAGGAUCAAACGGUGUAUUCGCAGGCGAAGAAAGACUACUAAAAGGACUAAGGCCAAGAGACGCGGCGGCGCCGCGCGCGAGGACAAGCGUGAGGCCGGUUGGCUCCAGGUCGUCGUGAGGCGUAUAGUCUUUUCGGCCUUUGCUGCAAGAUUUUGACGCGGACAGCUCAAGCGCGCUGGUCUCGGCCUAACGGGGCCCGCUCGCGCUCCACUCUUCGAACACGCAUUCUUUGGACCGUGUGCCAGCACGCACUCUUCUCGGCCCCCUCGGGCCUCCCGCCUUGCUCACCCGCUGGCGCGCGCGGGCCCUUCCUUUCCCUCUCCCUCGUCGUCCCGCACGCCUUAGCGUUUCGUGUUGUGGUUCCGGCACCCCCCCAGCCAGUCUCUACUCACUCAAAGUGGGUAACAUCCCUCGUAAGCCCUCUGCCCUUGUUGGACAGUUGGACUGAUGAGCUAGCCUGCCACUACGUUGUAAGCAGCCGCCGUACCCGCUGCUUUGCAAGGUCGUAUCGCACCCACUGCUUAGAGCAAGGGCGAACUUUUCGAGACUCGCACUAUCGCGGCUCGCUGUUUCUAGCUAA